AGUCGAAUCAACCCAACAAGUUACAUACGAACCGGGGGUCCGGGACUCCGGAGAUCGAACGAGCGAGUGGGGAUUUAAACCUACGACGGAACCACCUGGGAGUAUCAUCAGUCUCGAGUCUUGUUUCCAUGCUCGUAUCCGACCGACGCCCCUCGAAGUGGACCGAGAAGCGGGAAAACGCAGUUCUCCCUACAAAACCCAACUAGAGAGAAAGACGAUCAAAGCUCAACAAUAGGAGGAGUGAAAUGGCGCAAUUCUGGAAGCCGGGGACCGAGAAGCCUCGACUAAUUGACGACGAAGAAGGCGGCGUCCUCUUCCUUUCGGCUUCUGCUUCUUCAUCCUCCUCCGGAUAUGGGUUUGCUAGUAUGGAGAGGCAGAGGCAAAGGCUUCCUGUGUACAAGUACAGGACCGCCAUUCUUUAUUUGGUGGAGACUCAUGCGACCACCAUCGUAGUUGGCGAAACGGGUAGUGGCAAAACCACUCAGAUUCCACAGUACCUCAAAGAAGCAGGUUGGGCUGAUGGUGGGCGUGUAAUAGCUUGCACACAGCCGAGACGACUGGCUGUCCAGGCAGUUGCAUCAAGAGUUGCUGAAGAAAUGGGAGUCAAGCUUGGAGAGGAAGUUGGCUACACAAUACGGUUUGAAGACGCUACCAGUACAGGAACCCUGAUCAAGUUUCUCACAGAUGGGGUGCUACUCAGGGAAAUGAUGGAUGAUCCACUUUUGACUAAGUAUAGUGUUGUAAUGGUGGAUGAGGCCCAUGAAAGGUCUAUCUCAACCGAUAUUCUACUGGGUCUUCUGAAGAAGAUUCAACGACGGCGACCUGAGUUGCGGUUGAUCAUAUCCUCGGCCACUAUUGAAGCUAAAUCUAUGUCUGCUUUCUUCCAAACCAGAAGGCGCCGAGGACUACAAGGUGCGGAACCUGCAUUGACUAUGGAACCUGCAAUUCUCUCAGUUGAGGGUAGAGGUUUUAAUGUGCAAAUUCAUUAUGGUGAGGAUCCCGUGUCGGACUAUAUCCAGGCUGCUGUUUCAACAGUUUUGUUGAUUCAUGACAAGGAGCCAUUUGGUGACAUUUUGGUGUUUCUCACUGGUCAAGAUGAUAUUGAAGCUGCUGUUAAGUUGCUUACAGAAGAAGCUCGAGACAACAGAAAAAGUUCUUCAGGAUUGAUUGUUUUGCCUUUGUACUCGGGACUUUCACGAGCAGAACAGGAGUUAAUAUUUUCUCCCACUCCUCGGGGGAAGAGAAAAGUAGUGAUAUCAACAAAUAUAGCAGAGACAUCAUUGACUUUGGAGGGUAUUGUUUAUGUCAUUGACAGUGGGUUCUCUAAACAAAGGUUUUAUAAUCCGAUCUCAGACAUUGAAAACCUUGUAGUGGCGCCAAUAUCUAAGGCAUCUGCCAGACAAAGAACUGGCAGGGCUGGAAGAGUUAGACCUGGGAAGUGUUACAGGUUAUAUACAGAAGAGUAUUUUGUCAAUGAAAUGGCUGCUGAGGGGAUCCCAGAGAUACAGAGAUCAAAUCUUGUUUCCUGUGUGAUUCAGUUGAAAGCCCUGGGGAUAGAUAAUAUCUUGGGCUUUGACUGGCCGGCAUCUCCAUCCCCUGAGUCAAUGAUUCGUGCUCUUGAAGUGCUAUACUCUCUUGGAGUACUUGAUGAUGACGCCAAACUUACGGCACCUCUUGGUUUUCAAGUAGCUGAGAUUCCACUUGACCCAAUGAUCUCAAAGAUGAUCUUGUCUUCAAACCAGUUGGGUUGUUCUGAGGAGGUCCUCACGAUUGCUGCAGUUCUUUCUAUCCAAUCUAUUUGGGUUUCCAGUAGGGGAAUACAAAAGGAUCUGGAUGAAGCAAAGUUGAGAUUUGCCGCUGCUGAGGGUGAUCAUGUAACAUUCUUAAAUGUGUACAAAGGAUUUCUGCAGUCUGGCAAAUCAUCGCAGUGGUGUCAUAAGAACUACAUUAAUUAUCAUGCAAUGAAAAAGGUGGUUGAUAUCAGAGGACAACUAAGAAGAAUAGCUCAGAGAUUGGGAGUAACUUUAAAAUCUUGCGACAAUGAUAUACAGGUUGUUAGAAAGGCAGUUACUACGGGGUUCUUCGCGAACGCUUGUCGGCUUGAGCCAUUUAGUCAUGAUGGGAUGUACAAGACCGUGAGAACGUCCCAGGAAGUUUACAUUCACCCGUCCUCGGUUUUAUUUCGUGUAAAUCCAAAGUGGGUUGUCUACCACUCGAUCGUCUCGACCGACCGGCAAUACAUGCGCAAUGUCGCGACCAUCGAACCGUCGUGGUUGAGAGAAGUCGCGCCACAUUUCUACAGGCAGGAUGGACUUGAUCCUAUGUUGCAUUGAGUCUUUCGACUCGGUUAGUAAGCACGUUCGGGGCAAUCUUCUGUAUUCUAUGAACUGACAAGACAUCCUUACCGGAUGUAUGGAGGGAUCUAUUUUGAAUCGACAGAUUGUCUCUUCCCGAGGACCAAUUCAAUAUUUUGAA